GGUGUUUCGGGAAGUAUCUGCAUCGGAUCCAGAGAGAGGCGACCGAGUCGUGCCAUGAGUGCGAGGCUGCUGUGGACACUGCUGCGCAUACCCUAGAGGAAUGUCCAGCGUGGUCGGAGCAGCGUCGUACUCUGGUGGCGACGGUGGGGGGGAUCUCUCCCUGCCCAGCAUAGUAAGAGCUAUGCUGGGCAGUGACAGGUCUUGGGGCGCGGUGGUCUCCUUUUGCGAGGUGGUUAUCUCGCAGAAGGAGGCCGCUGAGAGGGUUCGUGAGGAACAUGACCCUUUUCGCCGCCGGGGGGUGCGGGCUAGGAGAAGGCAUAACAACCGGCUCUUAGUCAACACCGACGGAGGCCAGCGGGGCCCGGACUUGGGAGGUCCGAGCUCUGCAUUGCACAGGCCUCUGUAUGUAGGUGGGUCCGUUCGACUCGGACACUCACUGGUGGGGCUGUGGAUGUAUCCGAAAGGGUUCCCAUGGCCUCACACAGUGCCGCUGCCUCUCGGGGGGGUACCGCCUGAUGGUGGAUCCCGUACCCGGGGAGGCCCCGGCCCAUCGGUGAGGUGAGGGGCAUCGUCAGGUUUUUAGUGGGUAGGGCCCCCUUUCUCUCGGGCAGCCGUUGAGCCAGCCCUCGGACUGUGGCUUAACGGGUGGACGAGACAAGGAGGGGAGGAGUCCCACAUAACCAAACCGCACUCCCAGAGCGGUGAGGUAUGCGUAACGCAUUUUCCUGAUGUUAACAAAAAAAAAAAAAAAGGUAUGUCAGUAGGCGCUUUAAACCUACGAUCCAGGUGCAACAAAUGUCAAAUUCGACAAAAGUUUUUAAAUGUUACUCAAAACCUGAUGAGUCAUUUGAUCGAUUUCGAACUGUUUUUAUGGAUGAAAGACCUUCAAAAGCAACCAUCUACCGCUGGUGUACCUAGCGAGUUCAAACGCGGUCGUCCUAUGACGGCUGUCACCGAAGAAAGUGUGCUGGCAGUAAAAAAAAAUUAAAAAAAAAUUCAAGAAGACAGACGAAUUACUUACAAAGAGAUUCAGCAUACUCUGCAAAUUGAUUCAGGAAGUGUUCACAUGAUUUUGCACAAGCACCUUUGCGUAAGGAGGAUAGUUUCCCGCUGGGUGCCGCACAACCUCACCGAAGCUCAAAAGCAGGCUCGUGUGGAUUGAUGCAGUGAUAUGAUACAAAAAUUUGAUGCAGGCUCGCCACGGCGCGUUUACGAUAUUGUGACAGGUGAGAAACCUGGAUUUAUCAAUACGAUCCAGAAACAAAGCGUCAGACGAUAGUUUGGCUGUUUCAAAAUGAACCAACGCUUUUGUAGGCGUUGAAGCGUGUGAAGCUUCACGUGAAGCCAUCGAGGAGCGCAGGAAAAUUUUUGAUCGCUAGUUUCUUCUCUUUUUCCACUUGGAGACCAAAGCAGCAUCAACGCACAAAAUGCCUGCCAGAAGUUUUUUCUGCAAUGAGCAACAAGCGACCUAACACCGGGCUCCGCGGGGUCCUUCUUCACCACGACAACGCGCCCUCUGCACUCUGCGAUCAAAACGAAGUACUUCCUGGACUCCACAUCGGUCAGAGUCUUGGGACUCCUUACAGCCCUGUUUGGCACCGUGUGACUUCUUUUUAUUCCCUGAAAGAAAAAAUCAGCUCAAAGGGAUACAGUUUCCAUCGCCGGAAGAAGCGUUUGAGAAGGCCGUGGAAGAGGUGUCUGCGGAGGACUGGAAAAAAUGAUUUGAAAAUUGGUUCAGACGCAUGAAACUUUGUAUAGAGGCUGGUGGGAGAGUUCUUUGAAAAGAUUUAAUACAAAUAUUUUUGUCAUAGAACUUAGUUUUUUAGCUUCUCAAAACUUUCUGAGUGUCCCACGUAUUUCAAAUCAAAACUACUCAAACACCAUCGACACACCAUUAUUACUUCCUUCUCCUUCUUGUGUUGUGCACCUCAUUGCUGAGGGUCGUCACUUCCACGAAUUAUUUUGUGGACGAUCGCUUUCCACUUGUUGCGGUCUUCGGCAGUGUGGAGUGCAUCGCGGACUCCAGUUAUUGUCGCGGAUCUGGUCUGUCCAGCGCAUGGGGCUUCUUCCUCUCGGUCGCCUUCCCCGUACUUUUCCUGUCACCAGGAGCACUUCCAAGGUAUCGUUUUUCUUCCUUGCUAUGUGAUCGAAGAAUUCGAGGAUCCUAAGCAAACAGAAUGUGGACAGCCUAACGGUGACUCCCACUUCUUUAAGAAUUGACGCAUUUGUGCGGUGGGCUAUCCACGGAACUCGUAUCAUUGUCAUUAUGUCCAUUAUUACUUAACUUAAUAGAAUCGACACAUUGCGUGGCUGUUCCAUCAUCCAUCCAUGGGGUAGUCCUGUGCCCCAGUAGUAGGGGCAUUAAUUAUAGGCUGACGGUGCUGAUAAAAAAUCAAUGUUAAUGUAUAAAUUUACAUACAUUUUUUAUACUGAUAACGCUGAAUUACAAAGUAAAUAUUUUAUCUAAUCUAAUUUUUCAACAGAUUUUAUUUUUAUGAAUCUUAAAUCUAUCCUGAUAAAGCUCAAAAUUUGUUAGUUAGUUAAAAGAAAUUUGUCAGUUUUCGAUAAUUUGGCCUAUCGCUAUAUUAUUAUGUACUAACCAAGUACCUACGUCCAGCGGAGAGUACUGGCGGUCCAGUCCAGUAUUAAUGAUAUCUUAAUUAUCAAAUAAUUUUAGUACCUACAUUGAUAAAAGCGAUAAGACGAUUAAUUUCGGUAUAGUUUCAGUAAGUACGACUUCCCGUCAAGUAAAAUGAAGCUCUCACUGUUAUUCAUUGGAAUUUUCAUCGCGCAUUGUAAAGGAGAAGUCAGGAUAGCCGGUGGAGAGGUGACCACCAUCAACCAGUACCCGUUUGCGGCCGCCCUGCUCACUAAUGUAGACGGUGCCGCAUUCAUACAAAGAUGUGGCGGCAGUAUACUGUCCAGAUCGGCAAUACUUUCCGUUGCAUCGUGCUUCUACACUGGUGACCAAGUUCAUCAGGCGAGAAAUUGGCGUGCCCGAGUCGGUUCUUCUUACAGCGCUUCCGGUGGCACCAUAUACUUCAUCCGCCAAAUAAACAUCUACUCUACCUUCGAGCCGACCAGUACGAGAUACGAUGUGGCCGUUUUGAGGACUACUUUCGACAUGGUUUUCCAACCAGGCGUAGUCGAAGCGGCUUUCAUUGCCGGCAGAUCUUAUAGCUUUAGCCCAAAUCAAGAAGUUAGGGCUAUAGGCUGGGGUGAGGGCUCAAAUACAGAGGAGCCUACGACGCAGUUGCGGCACGUCGACAUAUGGGUGGUAGACCAGCAAUUGUGUGCCUCGCGGUAUAACAACGAUCCGAACAUUGACGAGAACGUCGUAUGCGCAGGAUGGAUCGACGUCGGCGUUAAGGGACAGUGUCCUGGCGAUAAUGGCAGCCCACUUCUGGACAGCAAUAACACCGUGGUAGGAAUAUUCUCUUGGGCCCAGGGCUGCGCAGACCUCAUCCAUCCAGGGGUCAACACGAGAGUCUCCGCCUUCACUAGCUGGAUAGUCGCUACAGCCCUACAGCCUUAACCGACAGCUAACUUUUAAAUCUAAAGAAAAACUGGAAACCAUUGUCUUUAGAUUUAUUAAUCUAGCAGUUUAAUGCUCAAAAUAACAAUAUAAUAUAAUUAACUGAACUUAAUGUAUUUUAUUACUAGCGGCUGCUCGCGACUUUGUCCGCUUUAACUUAAAUUUAUUGAGAAUUCCGUAGGAAACUAUCAUUUUCGGGUUAAUAUCGUUUCCCGACGAAAAUCAUGAAAGCAUGUUAACAGAUGAAAUCGAGGCAGUAGUCAAAGAAAGAAAAGGAGGGCACGAAAACAGGGGAAUCUGCAUUUUCCGAAAUUAAAAGUAUUCAAUGUCUCAGUCCAGGUCAUAAACAAAAUGCGUUUGCGCACAAACCC